CAAUCUCAGUCGCACUUGGAGUGGGCAGCCGUGCAGAGAUGUCGAGCGGAGUCAAGCAAAUCCAAUACUACGAGCACAAGCUCAACAUUCGCCGGGUCAUCGAGGAGCAGUCGAAUCUGCGGAACGUGGACGCUGCCCUCAAUAUCUGCGAUCUGUCCAGUGUGGAGCGGAAGUAUAAUCUGUGGGUGAAGCAUCUUCCCCGAAUCACCCCCUACUAUGCCGUCAAGUGCAAUGAUGAUCCGAUUAUUGUCAAGGUGCUGGCGGAACUCGGCGCCGGCUUCGACUGUGCCUCCAAGAACGAACUCAAAUUGGUUCUGGGAUUGGAUGUAGCGCCAGAGCGGAUUAUAUUCGCCAAUCCCUGCCGUCCGGUCAGCCACCUCGAGUACGCCCAACAGCAUCGGGUGGCCAAUGGCACGGUGGACAACGAGUUUGAGGUCUACAAGCUGCACAAACACUAUCCCCAGUCCAACUUGAUUGUGCGCUUCAAAUCGGAGGCCAAGGAGGCACAGUGUCCGCUUGGCGACAAGUUCGGAUGCGAUGCGGACGCGGAUGCCACGGCUUUGAUGCUGUUGGCCAAGGCGCUCGAAAUGAAUGUGACUGGUACCAGUUUCCACGUGGGCUCCGGCUGCAGCGAGCUGGAGGCGUACGAUCGGGCCAUCAAGAAGGCCAAGAAUAUCUUCAAGUUCGGAGAGCUGCUCGGCUUUGAUAUGAAUCUCCUGGACAUAGGUGGCGGCUUUCCCGGCAGCGAUGAUGACAAGUUCCAGAAGAUUGCGGAUAGUGUCAACAGCUCAGUGCAGCGCCACUUCCCCGAUGAUCGCGUCCAGAUUAUUGCCGAGCCGGGACGCUUCUUUGUGGCGGCGGCCUACACGCUGGUCUGCAAGAUCCAUGCCAGACGUGAGGUGCGUAACGAAGCCGGAAAGCUGGACACUAUCAUGUACUAUCUGAAUGAUGGCGUCUACGGCUCCUUCAACUGCAUUCUCUACGAUCAUCAGGUGGUGACGGCAGAGCAUUAUUUGGUAGCUAACCGGCGGACUCCAGCCCAUUCAAUGCUCAACUUUGGCUUAAUUUAUUUGCAGGAUGAAGCCGAGGCCUUGCCCGAAUUCAAGUCCGUGAUUUGGGGUCCCAGUUGUGAUGCCUUGGACAAGAUAUCGGAGGAUCUGCGGCUGCCCAACCUGAACCGAGGCGAUCUGCUGGGCUUCUCCAAUAUGGGUGCCUACACGGUGCCCAUUGCCAGUCCAUUUAAUGGCUUCGAGCUGCCACGAACCCUGUACUUCCGGGCCAUGUGACUAAAAAUGCUGACAGAAAUAAAGGAAACGUUUGCCCCUUCUUUUGGUAUUUGUAA